GUGACGCAUGACGUCCGGUCGGUGGGCGUGGCCAGGCUGAAAGGGGCCGGAGGUGCGUAGCUUGUUUUGGUAUUUUGUUAGGAAUUUCUAAAUCAUCAUAUCUGCGCAGAAGGAUGGAGAACAAGCCCGAGAACAGCAAGCUGAUAUUUGAGAAGGAAGGAGUUUACCUCCACACCAACGCCAAGAGGAGCAACGAGGAGACAUCCAUCCCCGGAUUCAUCCGCAUUGUUGAGCGGGAUGGAGAGCCAGCGCUGGAGUGGAGUCCAGUUCAGGAUGACGGGAAAAAUGCACCGGCUGUCUUUUACGCAAAAAAGGACGGUGAAGGAGGAGAAGAAGAGACGAAGUUUGACCCCGGGUACGAGCCAGACUGGGCCGUUAUCAGCACAGUGAAGCAGAGCAGAGAGAAGGAACAGCUUCACACCAAAAACACAGGUCACUGGGGAGCAUUCUCACUGCCCCUGUCGGAGCUCUACUCCCUGCGUCGCGCUCGUUUCUCUCUGGGCAGGAACUUUAUGGUGUUGACCAGUCGAAGAGGCGACCCUCUGCCCCCACUGCACUUCCACAGGGGCGGAACACGAGAACUGCUCCGAGCCAUGCAGAGAUACAUCCGCCUCGCACCGUCUCCAGUGGAUGGUCGGUUGUUCCUGGCGUACCCUCACGACUCGGGUGCUCUCUCUCACUCCUUUGAUGAGCUGCAGAUGUUUGAUGACACCAGCUCAGACCUUGUAUCUCGGUUUAUCCAGGACCCGUAUGCAACCACGUUCGGCGGCUUCUCCAAGGUGACCAACUUCUUCCGAGGAGCGCUGAGACCUCCAGAGUCGCCCCUGCAUUCCCACGGAGACUCGUACGCGCCUCGCUUAUCCGACGACGAGCCGGGGUUCGAGCUCAUAACCUGCCAGCAAGGGGCAGAGCUUGGUCCGCGGCCCAAGGUGAGCAGAGGGCGGCCUCUGGACGACUGGGAGCAGUUCCUGGACUCGGAGGGCCGCGUCACAAAUCCACAGAAAGUGAAGGAGCUGGUGUUCAGAGGGGGCAUCGUUCCUUCUCUGCGGAAGGAGGUGUGGAAAUUCCUGCUGGGGUUUUACCCCUGGAACAGCACAGCCAAGGAGCGGGAGAAUAUCGUGCGAACCAAAACAGACGAGUAUUUCAGGAUGAAGGUGCAGUGGAAGUCCAUCAGCGAGGAGCAGGAGAUGAGAAACUCCCUCCUCCGGGGAUACCGCAGCCUGAUUGAGCGGGACGUGAAUCGGACGGACAGACAGAAUCCAUUCUUCUCGGGGAACGAGAAUCCGGGCCUCACGCUGCUCAACGACGUGCUCAUGACCUACUGCAUGUAUAACUUUGACCUGGGUUAUGUCCAGGGUAUGAGUGAUCUCCUGGCUCCGCUCCUCUUCGUCACUCAGAAUGAAGUGGAAUCUUUCUGGUGUUUAACGGGAUUUAUGGAGCUAGUGCAUCAGAACUUUGAGGAAUCUCAGGAGGCCAUGAAACAGCAGCUGCUCCAACUGAGUCUUCUCCUACGAGCACUCGACCCUGAACUGUGUGACUACCUGGACUCUCAGGACAGCGGGUCUCUGUGUUUCUGCUUCCGCUGGCUGUUGAUCUGGUAUAAGAGAGAGUUCUCCUUCGAGGAUAUCCUGCACCUCUGGGAGGUUCUGUGGACUUGUCUGCCUUGCGCUAACUUCCACCUGCUGAUGGCCUGUGCCAUUCUGGAGUCCCAGCGGGGGGAGCUGAUCGGCUCCAACCACGACUUUAACACAAUCCUCAAGCACAUCAAUGAACUGACCAUGAAGCUGGAUCUGCAGACAAUGCUGCGGGAAGCUGAGGGCAUUUAUCUCCAACUGGUCCAGUGCAAGGAAUUGCCGGUGAAGGUUCGGGAAGUUUUGGGAAUGUGUGUAACCCCCAGCUCGGAUGAGGAGAGUUCCGAGUCGGAGCCCAAAGAGUCGGACAGACUGCUCAGCCAAUCAGCUGCAGGGGGCGUGGCUGUCUGUCAGUCAAGUAACUCAAACGCCCGACCACGCCCGCCUCCUACUUACCCAUAAUCCCUGUAAUACACGUUUCUGCUGAGGAAUUCUCAACACUGUGUGACACAUAACUACAUGACAUAACAGUUACAUACAGGUUACAGACAUACAGGAGUCGUUAAUGCUAAUGAACUUUAAUCGAGUCUUUUCGAGAAAUCGAGAAAGAUUUAAUUUAAAUUACUGUACUUCACAGAAAGGGAAAAGCAGACUGUACAUAAUGCAGUGUGUGUGUGUGUGUGUGUGUGUGUGUGUGCUAUAGAGAGACAGAGAUUAAUGAAGUAUGUAAUCAGUAUUAAUCCUGUGAUUGGGGUAAAACAGGAAACUGAUAUAAAUAUAGUAAUAAUUCUUAUUUCUAAUGAAGCCCCACCCACAUCUAAUAAAGUCACACCCACUCCCAACAAUCCUCCAAUGCCAUUCCUAAAAUGGGUAUGCCCACCCAUUCCUAAAACCACCAGUUUGCUCAUAAUAUACUCCGCCCACCCCAAAGAAGCCUCACCCACCUCUUAUAUUACCUCUAAGAAAGCCCCACCCACCUAUGAUAAACCCCGCCCACAACUAAUAUAACUUUUAAUAAUAAUUAAUAAAACCCACCUACCUCUAAUAAAAUCCCUCCCACAUCUAAUAUAACUUUUAAUAAAGCCCCACCCACCUCUUAUAUUACCUCUAAGAAAGUCCCACCCACCUCUUAUAUUACUCUUAUUAAACUCUUUUAACAAAUGAUACAAUAACAGUUAGAGAGAGAGAGAGAGAGUGUGUGUGUGUGUGUGUGUGUGUGUGUGUGUGUGUGUGUGUGUGUGUGUGUGUGUGUGUGUGUGUGUUUUAAUUUACGGUAAUCUCCCAAAGGUUCAUUGAGGCGAUUGUGUCGUUAUUAGCAUUGUGUAUAACACUUAAAGGAUUUUGUGUUAUUGUUUUCUUUGUGUGUGUGUGUGUGUCUGUGUUCUUGUUCCUGUCUCUCUGACGCCGUGGUCUUUGUGUUGUUGUGUAAACUUUAAACAGUUGUGUUACACUACAGUCAUGACACAGUCGCCUCCUCAUGCACAUUUGCACGGCUUGGAUGAUCACAUUAGAUGUUAAUUAGAUAUUCAAAUGAAGACAGAUUUAUAUUUUGCUCUGUUUUUUAACCUCAACUCCUUUCACUCCACAUUUACAUUUACUCAUUUCUAAAAUCUAAAAUAAAAAAGAAACUGAUGUGAAUUUCA